UAAAACUAUUUAAGCGACGAUAAUGAUUUAUAUGGGCCCAAGUUAGUCCUAUCUUUAGUCUCCUUCGCUUCUGUGUGUUUCAAGGAAGUAAUAUAAUAUCAAAUGGGUAGCGAACGUGAUUCGGUAGAAGAUAAAGCUGCUGCUCGUAAAGAGGCACUUAGAGCUCUAAGGGCAGCUCAGGAGCUUUCUGAGAGCAAGGAAGAGGAGGAAGAUGUUGCUGGAGACGAAGAUGGUCCAGCGAUGAAGUUUAGAAAUUAUGUUCCUCAAGAUAAGGAGCUUCAGGAUGGUAAAGUUGCACCACCGGAGCUACCCAAGUUCGAAGAUCCAAUCACUGCUCUCCCACCUUCAGUGGAGAAGAAAGAGGACGCGUUUGUAAACAUUGCUCCAAAGAAACCCAACUGGGACCUCCGAAGAGAUGUCCAAAAGAAGCUUGAUGAGCUUGAAAGGCGGACUCAAAGGGCAUAUAAACUCAUGGAGGAGCAUCGGAAAGAACGUGAAGCUGAUGAAGACGUAAUAGAGAGUUAAAGACCUGAUGAUCACCAUAAAAGAGCAUUGCUACUCAUUUUUUGUAUAUCUGACUAUUAAAGCUUCUGUCCGAAGAUUGAACUUUAGUUUAAAUCGUGUUUAGAUCGUAAAUGGAGCUGUAUUUGGCUGAUU